UAGUAUAAAACCACUCGCCAAUCCUUCAUUCUGGCAACAACAAAAAAAAACGAACAUUUACUGCGAAUAUAUUUCACUACUUAUUACAGGGUCGUUAUAGAGGGUUUUGUUUUAUUUUACCCCAAACAAAAUCUAUUUUAUAAAUGGGCCCCGUCGUCCAAGCGUUAACUCCUUUACUCGUCUCGCAGAUUGACUUGGGUGCUGUUUAACAUCAGCUCGUCUCUUGGGUAACAAACAAAAGAAAGGGUUUCUAUCUUAACGCAAUAUUCAACUAGAUCUGAAGAAUGGCAGCGAUCAACGCAGGUGGUUCUCUCGUUGCUACCAACGACUACUACCGAAGGCGCAUCGGCUCCACCUCCAGCAGCAGCUCCUGUGGCAGUUCAGAGUACAGUGGGGAGGUUAUUCCACACCAUCCAGGUCUACCCAAACAAGACUCUGGACAUUGGUGGUCCAGCUUCUUCUUUGGGAAGCAGAACCAGCCAGGAAUGACCACUCUGACGGAGGAGGCCAAGCAGAAGGCGGCGGCCAUGACUGUGACCAACGGCCAGGUGACCUGCGUUGCCAGGGAGAUGGUGAUGAAGAGGCAGGUCAGCGAGGGCAGCAAAGCCGGGACGUCCCAGCCGGGGAGUUCACCCCCAUCCUGAGAGAUGGGAUAAACGCUAGGAGACCGAGGCUGCGUCCUCAUUCCCUAAACCCUUGAUUCUGUUCCAUCCUCCACACUACAUAGAAUGUAUGCCUGUUACAUUGCUUCAUACUAGGUAGUAUGGAUAUUGGAACAUAGCCUUUCUUUUUUUUUUUGUCUUAGUAGGACAGGCUGACAAUGAUCGUUGGUUUUAUUUUGUAUCCCGUUUUUUAAAAGUUUUAAUCUAUGAACAAAAUAUAUAUAAAAAAAACAACUUUUUUUACAUUUGUACUUGUCUGUAACACUGUGGUGCCCUCAACUUUUUGUUAACUUCUCCACUUUGUCACCCUGUGAUUGCAGAUGUCUAGUAAAAGUAGCCUCAGCCUAA